UUCAAUCAUCGGCAGCGAGGGGUUCUGAAGUUUUUCCCCUUCGGGGAUGGUGUCCCUCCGCAUUCUCUGUCUGCCCUCCUCGCUCUCCGUUGGCAACAACAGAAGAACGAGCACGAUCUCUUCUCAGUUGCAGAGAAGAGCACAGUUAGUCCGUUGAUUCCUUGAUCAACUGACGGUGAUGGCAAUGUCGUUGACUGACGCCGCGGCGGAGCCGACCAUCCCGGAUCCGGCAGCACCUGCAACCCGCCACACCUACGUCCCUCGCUUUCUCAGGAACUCGUAUGAUCAAUUUGGGAACUCCUUUUCUUCUUGUCGAUUCGACAUUCCUCCUCAUCGUGCCCCCUCCUUCCUCCAAUCCUCCCCCCGCAUCCCUCCCAACCGCCGCGGCUCCAGUGACCGAGAAUCUGAUGGUCGAGCUUCUGGCCACCGCUCCCGCCGUGGUAAGGCUCGACGGGAGCGGAACCCCUUUGAAAUCGCCGACGAGUUCAUCGGCUUGGGGAUAUCGGAUAAUGACGCUUCUGGCGGCGGUGGCGAGGGGAUCAACUUCGACGCCUACGACGACAUACCCGUCGAGGUGAGCGGGCUUGAUGUGCCCCCGCCCGCUACAACCUUUGCGGGGAUCGAUCUGGAGGAGGCCCUGAACCAGAACAUUCAGCGCUGCCGAUUCGUGAAGCCUACUCCGGUCCAGCGACACGCUAUACCCAUACUGGUGGCCGGGCGCGAUCUGAUGGCCUGUGCCCAGACCGGGUCGGGGAAGACCGCUGCAUUUUGCUUCCCGAUCAUCAGCGGUGUAAUGAGAAACCGCCGGCAGUUCCCGACCAAGGGGCCCUCUGGCGGUGAUCGAACUACCUUGCCUCGUGCACUUAUCCUGUCCCCCACCAGGGAGUUGUCGUGCCAGAUUCUUGGGGAAUCAAAAAAGUUUGCCUAUCAAACAGGGGUCAGAGUUGUCGUGGCUUACGGAGGAACUCCCAUCGGUCAUCAGCUGCGUGAUCUCGAGAAAGGUGCUGAGAUUCUUGUUGCCACACCUGGCCGUUUACUGGAUUUGCUAGAGAGAGCAAAGGUUUCUCUUAAGGAGAUCAAAUAUUUGGCAUUAGAUGAAGCUGACAGGAUGCUGGAUAUGGGUUUUGAACCCCAGAUCCGCAAAAUAGUCCAGCAAAUGGACAUGCCGCCACCAGGCCUAAGGCAGACCAUGCUUUUCAGCGCAACCUUCCCACAGGAGAUACAGCGUUUAGCUUCAGACUUUUUAUCAAAUUAUGUUUUUCUGACUGUUGGAAGGAUCGGAUCUAGCACAGAUUUAAUUUCUCAGAGAGUUGAAUAUGUUCCUGAUGUGGAUAAAAGAGGUCGCCUGGUGGAUCUUCUUCAUGCACAGAGAGAAAAUGGAAUUCACAGCAAGCAAUUGUUGACACUAGUUUUUGUGGAAACCAAAAGAGCAGCUGAUUCCUUGGAGCGCUGGCUGUCUAAAACUGGGUUUCCUGCAACAUCUAUUCAUGGCGAUAAAACUCAGCCAGAAAGAGAGCGUGCUUUGAGAUCCUUUAAGAGCGGUGCAACUCCUGUCAUGGUGGCAACUGAUGUUGCGUCGCGCGGACUGGACGUCCCACAUGUUGCUCUUGUCAUCAAUUUUGAUCUGCCGAAAGACAUAGAUGACUAUGUUCACCGGAUUGGAAGGACAGGCCGAGCUGGAAAGACUGGUAAGGCUACUGCAUUCUUUAACGAGGGAAACCAGCGGCUGGCAAAGUCGCUUACCGAGUGCAUGGAGGAUGCUAACCAAGAGGUCCCGGACUGGCUUUAUAACCAUGUUGCUCGGCCAUCAUAUGGUGGCGGGAGGAGACGAGGGUCUAGUACCAGAAGGUUUGGUGGCCGUGACUUCAGGAAGGAUAUCGGCGGAGGAAGCCCUGCGGCUAACUCACACAGAGGAGGUAAUGUUAUAGCUGAUGUUAAUUAUGCGUCUGACGGCGGUUUUGAUCAUGAGCCAAUCAUUGGUGGCCGCGACUACAGGACAGGUACUGGGUGUGGAAAUCCUUCGGUUAAAUCAUAUGGAGGCAAUAUUGUAACCGAUGGCAAUGAUGCUUGGGAUGACCACCGUUUAGAUCAUGUUGCAAUCAGUGCCACUGUGGGAGGAACUCGCUCCGUUAGCUCAUAUGGAGGAGGUAAUGAUAUAACUGAUGGCAAUAAUGCGUUUGAGAACGACGGCUCUAAUUAUGGGUCAAUCAUUGCCAAUGGUUGGGUUUGAACUGUUGUGUUCUCUGACUAACACAGUAAUAGCUUGCUGACUCUAUCAUGGAAGCUUCUGAAAUUUAGUUCUUUUUCUUGGUUUUUCUUCUUUCGUUUAGGACCUCCUGGCUGGUGUCAGUAUAUUUUUGUUGAUUCAGUGGACAAUGUUAAGGUUUUUGGGAUGCAUUGGAGCUCUUGUUUUGCUCCCUGUAAGUCAAAACUGAAAUCAUUUUUGCAAUUUCCUAACUAUGGUGAUCAUAGUAUUUAUUUGGUUUACUUU